UCCAUUUUCGCGGCCCUCGUUUCUCUCUCGCGCGCGGGUUGUGUUCUCGUUUCGCGACUCUUCGCCUUUUCGCGAGAUAAAAUUUUCAGGCCCUCGUCCGGUGCUGGCUUCAACUCCGCGUCGCAGACGUUUUCGGGAGUGCUCGCGGUGCGGACGCGAGUCUGGUUUUGUGGCCGUCUGGACAUUUCAUUCGCCGGAGGAAGACCUUGAGUGUGUUUGGUGUUUCGUUGGUCCUUGGACGGAAGAAUUCGGGUCGUGUGCGUGAGUGAGUGACUGUGUGUUCCGAGGCCAUCCGGAAGUGCGACCGCGACAUACUUUGGGACGACGUCCCUUGGAAGUUGAUUGAUACGGAGAACAACCCGGAAGCGAUUCUGAAGGAAAAGGUCGUUCAACCUUGAACGUCGGUGACCUGGAAGGAUUAAACUAGAACGACGGAGAGUGGCCAAUUGCUGCCUCCUCCUACCUGUUGUGACCUCGUCCGCGUCGCGUCGAAAGGUGUGUUCCAUUUAGUGAUUUCGUGCCAAUUGGUACAGUGACCGAAAUUAGCCGAUUUAAGCUACGGGAGAUCAAUCCACCUAGCAGCAGUAACUCGAAACUAGGACCGCCGACCUGUGCGUUGUAGAAUCUAGGUUCUGCCCGCCGCGUCCUCACCUCGAAGGUGGACCUUGGACGACGACGACGUGUAGUCAUCAGGUUGGCUUCGUAACAAUACUCGGCACAGCAAAGCAAGUCAGCAGCAGCAGCAGCCGCGACGCGACCCAAUCAACGCGCGCGCGGGCCAGAAAAGAGGACAAGGAAGUGUGCCACACCAGGAAACUGCUGGAGGUCCCGAAAAAUGGAGUCCGAGCAGAUCAAGGUGGAGCCCGAUUUCUACUUUCCAGUCGGUGAAACGUACGCCGCAGAAGAGGACAACGCGGCAGAGGACGGCGGUGGCGACGGUCUCGACGAAGAGCAGCUGCUCGAGAUGCACCAGAUCGACCUGGAUGACAGUCCGGUGAAGCCAAAGUUAGUUUCGAAUGACGACAACGACGACGACGGAAGUGGCCGUGAAGUCGAUAGUGAUAGUGGUGGAGGUUGUGGCGGCAUCGUUAGUAAUAAGGACGCUCUAGAAGCGCAAAGACAGUACAAGUGUGAUGUGUGUGGGAAGGUGUUGGACACGGCGUAUCAUCUGCAACGGCACCAGAAGAUUCACACCGGGGAGCGUCCCAGUGUCUGCCGGCUGUGCGAUAAGGCGUUCAUUGAGCCGUCCGCCCUGAAGGUUCACCUGAGAAUCCACACCGGCGAGAAGCCGUUCCGCUGCAAGAUCUGCCCGCUUCGUUUCACACAAUCUUGCAACCUGCAGUCCCACUACCGACAAGUGCACGGUGUCGACCCGAGGGGCGAUCCCCAAUAUUUCCGCAAAAUGUGCCAGCUUCUGCUACAACAACAGCAGCAACAACAACAAGCCAAGCCCUCAGCAUCGACGCCCUCCAGCUCCAGGUCGCUGCCCAAGUUGACUCCCAAACCGAGCGAAGGACUUUGGGAGUGCUGCGUGUGUGACGAACCAUUCCAAGACCGCGAUCUGCUGUUGAUCCACGAGGAGACGCACGUUCCGGAAGCGCCCUUCGAGUGUCGUUACUGCACCACGGUCUACUCCGGGCUGGUCAACUUCCGAUCGCACGUCAACAUCCACCGGGUCAGCUUGCGCCAGGGAGGCUUUUCGGCGGCCGCUGCCCGCAGUCACUUCCAAUCGGGAGUUCGGGCGAACGCCAGCGCGAUCGUUGCCGGUCGUAAACCUGUGGAGAACAGUGGCGAGAGUGACGUGGCGCUGAACACGAACCAGCCGUUCGUGCCGAGCAACGACAAGACGGCACCGUACAAGUGCGUCGAGUGCAAGCGCAACUUCCAGAAGCAAGAUCUGUACUCCCACAUGAAGGUACACCUCAAGCAGAAGAACAUCUUCUCCAAGAAGAGUCUCAAGUGUGAAAAGUGCGGCCGAGUGUUUGAGAAGGAGUUGACGCUGAAGAAGCACAUGGACACCGUGCAUCCGACCAGCGCAAACGCCUUGCUGCGGGAGGCACUUCGCGAGCAGAUAACCAAGCGCACGCAAUCCCCUGCGACGGGGACGACAACCCUCAAGAUCUCCUCCGAGGUUGACUUGGUCCCGAUAGAGCCGCGUGUCAAACAGGAAGCGGCGGAAAGUGCCCUCGGCGAUGACGAGGUCAACUCGACGGUGUCGGACAAUCCCAUUCUGACGCAGCUGCUCAACAGCAACUCCAGCCCGCAGCUUUCCGUGGUGCCUGGUGGGAGCUCGCGUAGUCCAGUUGCUGGCGAACGUGCUGACGAGGGAGGAUUUGUGAUCAGUGCGGUGGCAACCGUGGAUCAUAGCUUCCUGGAGCAGUUGGACGCGAUGGAGCGUGGUACGCAGCAGCAGCAGGAGCAGCCGAUGCCAGCGCUUCGUCGGAUGCCCGUGCUGGAGGAGAGCUUACGCCGCCCUCCGGUAGGCUCCUCCCAGCUCGACCAGCAGCCCACCACCGGGCCCGCUCCGCUCAGCUCGGGCACCUACAGCUGCGUGUACUGCCCGCGGACCUUCAACGAGCACUUUGGCUUCCGGCAGCACAUGCGCUCCAUGCACUACGAUGAAAAGCGCCACAAAUGCCCGGAGUGCGGAAAAAAGUUCUCCCUCGGAAUUACGCUGGCCACGCACAUGCGAAUCCACACGGCCGUCCACCCGUUCACCUGUAUCGUCUGCUUCAAGACGUUCAGCCGGUCGGCUUCCCUCAACGGACACCUGUCGAUGCAUUCAUACGGCGAGGUCAAGUGCGCCGACUGUGGCGAAACCAUGCUCAACGUGUUCAACUACAUGAAGCACAUCGAGAAAUUCCACCCGGACUUCCUACGUAACAUUGCCGCCUACCGGAAGAAGGCCGAAGCGGUGCUGCAGCGACGCCGCGAGCUGAUCGUCGAAAUCACCCGUGGUCUCGCCCAGCACCAGUCGGAAAUUCCGAACGUCCUGGCGCGACUCCGCGGCGAAGUCAACGCCGCGCCCCCACCGUCCGAGUCGUUCAAAAUUCGACUCGGCAAGCCGUACGCCCAAGAGCAGGACGAAGUGAGCUCCAGCGAGGGCGUCCUCGUCAAGCUUGAACAGCCCGACUCCGUCAGUGGUGGCGGCGGCAGUGACGAAGUGGUCGUCAGUUCGGCCUCGGACCACGAAACGCUGCCGGCACUGCGUGCCGAACUGCGGAAACGUCCCAGGAGUGGCCAGGAGCUGGAACCGGCGCGGAAAUCCGCUCGCACUGCUGGGUCGUCGUCGCCGAAUUUGAAGCGUCUGCUCGAGGCGGCCUCCCCGCUGGCCACGGUCAAGUGCGAACCCUCGUCGGAGUAAGCUGAGGUAAGGUAUUAUUUGCUCGUUCGUUUCAUCAAUCACUUUAGUCAACGUGUGUGUGACAUCGCUGUACAAAUGUCUGCUUAAAUUAUAACGUAAGAAGUGUCGUGCAGUAAAAUGGAAAUUGAAAGUUAAUCAAGUUUUUGGGUCCUCCUUAUUUGCUUCAUUAUAAUUGGAACGUUUUUUUUGCCUAAAUUGCGCAAACGUUCGCAUCUCGUGUUCAUGUAUCUAAGUGUUAGGAAUUAGAUGAUAACAAUAAAUUCUGCAUUUGAAAAAGA